CUCUUUGUACUUUACUGCUGGCAUUUGAGAGCUUUUUGCCUGUCUUUGCAGAAAAAAGAAAAUGAAAAGAAAGAAAGACACAUCUCUUGUUUUCUAGUCAUUCAUCAGUUUUUAUUAUUAAGCACUUGACGAUAUUUUGUGGGAACAUUUUCUAACCUGCUCAAGACAUUCUUUGAAGUCAGUCAUCUUUUAAAGGCCCUGGAGCUGAGAGGAUUGUCAACUUGCGGUUUUGAUGCAUUCGAUUUCAUGAAGAUUAGAGGGAAAUUGGGAUUUCUCAGUUUGCCUAUCUAUUGUUAGAGUAAUGCUUGCCGACAAUGCGCUGGCUGUGGUGGCUACGAUUGCCACUGAUUAUUAUAACUUUGCUUUUGGCACCGAAUGCGUUAAGGGCGAUGUCCUUCAGCAAAAAACAGAGAAUUUAUACCGAAGCAUUACUUGCUUUCAAGAGUGCCAUGGGUAAUCCCCAACAGUUAAGUAGUUGGGUUGGGAAAUACCCAUGCUUGAGACCAUGGCUAGGUAUUAGCUGUGCUCAUAAAUUGAAGGAUUCAACCAUCAUUUCUUUGAAACUGACUGGUUUAAAGCUAGAGGGCUUUAUCCCUCCUAGUUUGCAGAAUUUAUCUGGCUUGAUGGCUCUAUGGUUGGAUGACAAUCAUUUGAAAGGACCGAUCCCUGUGGAACUGGGACGUCUAAAAGAGUUGACCUCUCUUCGGCUAGCAGGUAAUUCUUUGAGUGAUAACCUUCCAUCGGCAAUUGCAGUUCUUCCAAACCUGAAAGAACUGACUUUGGCAAACAAUCACCUUAGUGGUUCAUUGCCUCAUGAGGGAGCUCUAUCAAAGAUUCCACAGUUAUCGUUGCAUGGGAAUUAUGGGCUUUGUUCACUGAGCGGGAUGUUCAAUUUGCCAGCUUGUGAUUCAAUGUUUUUGCCUCCAAAUUUGACUUCUUUACAAGCCCUUGAUUCUUUCAACUCAAGAAAAACAAGAGAAGCAGCCACAGUCGGUGGAGAUCCAGGCAUUCCAACUUUGACACCUUCAUCGGCUGCUGAUGCUCCAAAAACAAAAAAGCCAAGAUUAGUUGCCAUUGUUGGUGGUGGUGUUUGUGCUGCAGUGAUUGUAGCAGCAGUUGUUGUGAUUGUUUAUAUCUGCUUAAUGCGUGCGAAAAGAUCUACAAGGAGAGCAUCUGAGACAGGAUCUUCUGAACCGUCAAACCAUGUUGAGUGGGCAAGAGGGGAAGGAUCCCCCCGUGCUGGUACUCUCUCUCCCUAUGAGGCACAGAGCUUAAGGCAAGUAACGUUUGAGGAGCUGGAGCACGCUACAUCCAACUUCAAUCAAAGUAAUGUUAUUGGUGAAGGUGGGUUCGGUUUAGUAUACAAAGGACUACUUCAGGAUGGAUCUAUUGUGGCUAUUAAACGACGCCUACAGGACCCAAGCCAGUAUUUUAUUCAGGAGGUAGCGAAGAUAGGCCAAAUCCGUCACAGGCACAUAGUUAGGCUUAUUGGUUAUUGUCAAGAAUGUCGCAAUCAGUUACUCGUCUACGACUACUUGUCUAAAGGGAAUAUUGGGAAUCAUCUAUAUGAUGCUGAAGGCAUACCUAUUGGAAAGCUAGACAUCCGGCAACGGUUAUCCAUCGCUUUGGGUGCAGCCAAAGGACUGGAUUAUCUGCAUGGGUUGACGCCCCCUGUCCUACACAUGCACUUCAAGACGAGCAAUGUUCUUCUAGAAGAAAACUACACUGCAAAGGUAGCUGAUUUUGGACUGUCCAAAUUACUGAUUGGGGGCUACCGUGCUGGACCAUCAUCGGGCAUUGAUUGCUUUCUUGACCCAGAGUUAAACGCCUCAAAUGGGUUUUCUGAAAGAAGUGAUGUCUAUGCUUUUGGGGUCUUCUUAUUGGAGCUGAUAACUGGGCGUGAAGCCCUUGAUAGGAACAUAUCAGAUUCAGAACCAAAUCUAGUAGAGCGGGCCAAGAGUACCCGUGAUCUUGAUAGUUUCGUGGACAAAACGUUAGGGGAGAAUGGAAUGGAAGCCUUGCGACAGAUGAUGGAGCUGGCAAUGCGGUGCUUGGAAACCAGCAAAAGAAGGCCCACAAUGAAUCAAAUGGUGAGAGAGCUGGAGCUGAUUCAUGAUAGAGAAAUGGGUCAUCAGCAGACAGCCGGCUUUGGUGACGAGAUUGAUGCUGUUGCUCUUGGAAGUGACCUCUUCAAGUGACUCUCUCUCUCCCUCUCUCUCUCUCAUCUUCAAGCAAAUUGCUGUCAUCUUCUCUGUCUCUCUCAUCCUGGGGCUAUUGCUACUUCUGUUGAUGGAAAAAGCAAAUUGCUGUUAUCCUCUCUUUGAGUGUUAGUCAUUCUUUUAUUGGAUUGAUCAAUUGUAAGGACUAUCUGCUGAAGAAAAAAAUAAAUAAAAAUCAAUUAUUAAUUGAAUAGAUUGUGGGAAAAAAGAAAAACAAUAAAUGUAUUUUUGGAGUAAUCUGUGGAAGAACUAGCAAUUUUCCUUCA